GCUCGAACUCUAGCGAGCCUCUUUAUCGACCUGCAGGCAGCCAGUUGUCUUUUGUCUCUCGUGUAUAGUGGGCGCUGCUAUUCUCGUUUGUUCAUAGGAAAAUUGACAGCUGUUUGCUGUUUGAGCUGUGUCACUUGUCAGUGUAGUGUGCACAGUUAGAAAAACGUAAACAAUGGCAAGCAUAACAAUCGAAAAAACAAAAUACGAAUGUGCACAACUUCCUAAAAGAUAUCAGAAUCAAAACCAGCGGGAAGAUGUUCUUCGUAAAACUGGUUUAACAGUGGGCAAAGUGGAUUUGUAUUAUGGUAGAGGUGUCAGAAACGAUGGAUCCUUGGUACCUCCAAUUCGCCAAACAGCUAGCAUUUUCAAACAGCCUGUUACUGUUUUCAAAACACAGGAAAGCAAGGUAAAGACUGACUAUAAGAAUGGUAAUCAAGAAAAACCCAAACAGCUCAUGUGGGAGAAGCGGCUAGAAGGACUUCGUGCUUGUGAUAUAGAUGGCUUCGAAUUCAAUGGAAUGGAGCUUCCAAAAGGUUUGAAAGCAGUGGGGCCCAAUGUGAGAGAAGAUACCAUUAUACAGAGUGUGGCUACUGCUUUACAUGUUUCUGCACAACCUGUUACAGGGCAGACUAGUACAAAAACUUUGCUAGAUAAGAAUCCAGGAGUCUUCUUGGACCCAAAGCAACCCUUAGUUCAUGCUUUGAGCAUUUCAGAUGAUGAUAUAAAAAGACAGGAAGAAAGGGUAGCAAUUGCCAGAAGAAAAUUACAGGAAGCUUUGAGAAUGUAGACUGUGAUAAUUUAUGAAAGUGAAAUAGGUUCUAGACUUUUCUGAAGAUUAUGUAAGUGGAAUAGGUUCUCCAUGUUUCUGAAGAACUUUUCUGUAAUUGAAAAAUUAUUAAGGCGAUUUUCUCCCAUGUAUAUCAAUUUUUAUGUGUUUUAUUAUUGACCAAUGUUUAAAAUGUUAACGAUUUUGAGUAAAUUUAUAAUUUAUAUGGGAUUUAUGUGUGUAGGAUAUAAAUCCUGACAUUGUUUUGUAUCAAGGUCAGAGUUUUCAGAUCAACUUUGCAUCUGUGAUUAAAGUAAAUAAAUCAAUCUACC